AAAUUUGGAGCGUCUCCCAUUCUUAUUCUAUCGAGUAUGAACGCAACUAGAUUAUUGAUAUGGAGUAGAUAAAGUAACUAACGUUUUAACUGAUAAGAUUGUCAGUCUCCAUGUAGCGAAAUAACUCGGAGGAAUAGUGGUUUCCUCAUUAGUUAACUAAGUUUUUUGUCUCGUGAAAAAAUAUGGCUGAAAUUGAAACGACACCGAAAGAAUAUGAAGUUUUCAAAGAUGCAAUUCGGGAAGAAAAUCUUGAGAUACAAAUCAAAAUGACGCGAGAGCUGAAAUCUCUCGCUUCACUACUAGGAGCAGAACAAACGAGAAAUGAGCUGCUCCCCUUCAUCAAAGAAAACCUCGACUUCCACGACGAAAUACUUUUGAACCUCUCUGAGCAGCUGAACGGUUUCGUUCCCCUCGUAGGAGGGUAUGAACACUCUCAACCGAUCCUGGAUCUGCUCAGGAAACUCUGCAACACCGACGAAACCAUAGUUAGAGCCAAAACGGUGGAGACAUUGAAAGACAUGGCUGAAAACAUGAACAGCGAACUGACGGAAGAGCUUUUAGUUCCUAUGCUAGAAGGUUUGUCGAAUGAAGACUGGUUUACUAGCAAAUGUUCGGCAGUGGCACUAUACCCGACGAUUUACUCAAAAGUUAGAGAGGAAAAAAAGACUGAACUUCGACACAGUUUUCGUUUAAUCAUUCAAGAUGAAUCACCUAUAGUGAGGAAAGAAGCAGCCAGAAGUCUGGUGGAAAUGAUUCCCACAAUUGAAAAAGAAGUCCUCAAGGAUGAAUUCAUUCCAGUUCUUGACAAUAUUUUUGAUGACAUGGAUUCCGUAAGAGUCAAUGCUGUACCUAUUUCUAUAGCAUUAUCUAGAAGAUUGACAGAAAACGAAAUAGAAGAACAUGUAUUAAAAGUUAUAACAAGCUGUGCAGAGGACCCAUCAUGGAAAAUGCGACAAGUACUAGCACACAGCAUAGCAGAAUUACAAGAGGCGAUCCCUCAUGGAAAAAUGAGGGGCAAAAUAUUAUUUAUAUAUCAAGAAUUCGUGAAAGACUUCGAACCCAGUGUGAGGAUUGCAGCCGCUGAGAACCUUGCUAACUACUGUCGAAGCCUGAAGAAGUCCUACGAGACCCAACCAGAAAACAAUUUCGACCCAGUGUUCAAACAGAGCAUCGUCCCUCAAAUAAUUUUGCUUUCAGAAGAUCGCAACGAUGACGUGAGGACAGCUCUCUCCAGAAACAUCCUAAACCUCGGCUCAGUCCUUACAGAAAGUUGUUUCAAACAAACCAUUUUACCGAUAGUUAUAGACUUCUUGGAACGCGACCAGUCUAUGCUGGUUCAAGCCAACCUACUCCAGAACCUGGACAGCCUGCCAGAAAACAUAGACAUAACGAAGUAUCUUUCUUCCAUAAAAGAGGUAGCCAGUUUUCUCAUAAAGAACUCACACGCCCACUGGAGAACGAGAAUGAGUUUGCUCGCAGCCUUUUUGCACAUAACGAAAUUCGCUAAUAAGAAGUAUUUCUCUGAGAACUUGACCAUUUCCUAUGUGACACUUCUGGAAGAUCCGGUUUUCGCUGUGCGAAGAACAGCACCCAUUAUACUGCCACUGUUGGCGAAGCAGUAUGGCAUUGAGUGGGCUGCCAUGCACCUAAUUCCUUAUUUGAAGAUGUUCACGAAAAACUCUAGGUACCUUUAUAGGUACACUCCCCUGUUCGGGAUCUUGGAACUGGUAUACCCUUCGGUGAGAAUGGGAAGAAAAGAUACUUACUUGAAAGACUUGAAAUGUUUUUGCUCGAGCGAAAAUGGUAACCUGAAGAGGUUCGCUGCUAGAAGACUACUGAGGGUGCGAAAAAUGACUAUGGAAUUGAAACAAAAAUUUGAGAAAGAAACCUACAAAAAUGUAUUAGCCCUAAACAGGAGCAUAGAUGAUUUCAAGAGUGACGACAUUUCACUCUACUCGGGAGACUAUCUGAAAAUCUUCGAGAAAAAUCCCAAUAGUAGCAUUUUUUCGAUAGAUGAGAACGAAGUCAUUGAGAAAGAACCAACCUAUCUGGAAGGUUUGCUGCUUUUGAUACACACGGAAUUUUUGGAGGUUAUUCUUGAUCUUUUCGACGAUGCUAUAGUCAACAUCCAAAUUCGUUCGAUAUAUCUCCUGAAUAGAAUAAAACAGUUUACGGACAGCUUAAGUACUGAACUGGAAGAACCCUGGAUCCCAGAUGCCCUACAAAUAUUCAAUAACGAAGAAAUUGAAGUUGUGGAGAAGGAUGUCGAGGCUGAAAUAACAAAAACAAGAAUUGAGACAGGGAAAGAAGAAAUCAAUACUGAUUUGAUGGAAGACAUUAGCGUGGAUGCUGACAAAAAAACAGAACUCGAUAUUGAUUUCAUUGAUGAUAACAGUAUUUUAGUGGAGCCUAAAAUACCCAAUAUAACAGUGGAAGAGGUUGUUGAAGAGGAACCAAUGUUGGUAGAAAUAAAGAGUGAUGAUGUAGUUUCACCGUUACCCGUUACCCAAACUCUACCUGAAACAGAACUAGAGACUAUAAUUUCUUCAACAGUUGAAGUUCCGAGAGAAGAAUAAUGAGGAAGUGACAGAAGACAUAUCAGUGAAAGAAAAAUCUCUGAAUAUUUUUGGGGUUUUUUUGAUCUGUAAACUCUCUUAUGCACAUAUGAGUUUCGAAAAGACUUUGAAGAAAUGCAAUGUUUUUCAAGUUAUUAAAAUGAAGUAAAUUGCCAGGGACCGAAUAAAAAAAAUA